AUGGCCACCAUGGACUAUGUCGAGAUACCCUCCUAUGCCACCCGUCUGCGCUCAGCCAAACCCACCGACGACCUUCGUCCAGCACCGAAGAUAGUCACAUCUCUUCCCCGCCCUGAGCACUCGCCCGUUCGCUCCACGACCGGAAUGCCUGCAGCACCCAUGUCACCAUCGAAAGGAGGCUCUAAUCUCACGUCUAUGCUGCUCUCUUCCGCCCUUCAGCUUCCUGUCAAUGCUCCUGCCGCUCCUCGUGACUACGGCUCAGGCAAAGGGGCGCGCCUUCUUUCCACACGCGACCCGCUCUCCAUCCCCAUCACCACUACCAACUUCCGAAGGUUCGUGUCGAAAAGCACUCCCAUAUUCUGGCUGCAGGAUCGUGUGGAGGAGAUCGUGCUAUGGAAGAAGAGCUGGAAGUAUACGCUCGUGUGGAUGGCUGCAUAUGCAUUCCUCUGCUAUUUUCCUAGACUCAUCCUCCUCAUACCCCAUGCCGUGAUCAUAGGCGUUUUGCUCGCUACUCAUCCUUCGAUGCGCAACCCAGGAGCGUCGGAAAGUCCAUCUCCGAAGCCUCAGCAGCCACCACCGCCAAGCCAACCGAAUGAGGGUAGCGUUGACUGGCUAGCAAAUCUGCAAGCCAUACAGAACCUCAUGGGGGCAGUUUCGGAUGGACACGACUUGAUUGUGCAGGUCGUCCCAUACCUCUCCUAUUCCUCUCCCUACACUGGGCUGAUACUCACCUUCGCUCUCGUCACCUUCUUCGGAAUGAUCCCCCUCGUCAACCUACUGCCUAUGCGCGCCACCUUCCUCGUCUUGGGUCUAGCGCCCUUCGCCUGGACCCAUCCCUUCACCCAACACACGCUCCUCCCAGCACUCCAGGCCGCCUUCGGGGCUCAUGCCAACCACUGGCGCGCGUGCGUACUUCGCAUCAUCGACGACGACAACCUGGAAGACAAGCACUGGGGCUCGGAACUGCGCGAAGUCGAGCUGUUUGAGAACGAGCGCUGGGUCCCGGGGACGAGCGGCGGCAACGUCGGCGAAGAGCCCACAAAGGCGAAACCGGAAGGCACGUGGAGCAAGGCCGCGCUGAAAUCCGGGGAGCGCAAGGCGUGGACGCGCGGGCGCGAUGGCUGGAGCGGCGUGAACGAGGAUGGGAGCCAUGAAGUCAGCAGCAACCUCACGUUCUCUCUUGCGCAUGGGUGGUCGUUUGUGGAGACGGAGGAUUGGAGGCCUGAUCUAGAGGGGACGUGGGCCGAGCCUUUAGGUGCAGACGAAGCUGGAUGGGUGUACACCAACGAUAUCUGGCAUGAUUCUCGACCUUUGCCACUUGAAGAAUGGAGGAGUAGUGGCGGCAUGACGAGACGACGAAGGUGGACAAGACGAAUCUACUACAGUCCGAAUGUGCCUGUGUAA